AUGAACGGGCACAAGGAUAAUAAGGUCUGGCUCAUCACAGGCACUUCCUCCGGGUUGGGGAAACGUAUGGUCAUAGCUGCCCUUGCUCGGGGAGACCGAGUCAUCGCCACGGCGCGCAAGCUCGCCAACCUCGAAGAACUUCAAUCCAGAUAUUCAGACUCGUCGGAGCGCCUUCGCUUGCUGGAGUUGGACGUGACAAGUCCAUUCGAAGUCAUCAAGAAUACAGUUGACGGGGCCAUCAAUAUUUGGGGCCACAUUGACGUCGUCGUGAAUAACGCCGGCAUUGGCUUGCCUGGACUCGUGGAGGAGAUGGGUGAUGAAACGCUCAGGAAGCAGUUCGAGCCUAAUGUCUUCGGCGUAGCAAAGGUAAACACUGCAGUGCUACCCAAUAUGCGCGAGCGCGGCUCGGGUACUGUAGUUGUUAUCGGUAGCCGAUCAGCUUGGAAAACCGAAAUCGCGGGAAUCGGUGCGUACGCCGCCUCGAAAGCUGCAGUACACGCUUACACCGAGACCCUCGCACACGAGCUCAAGUCCUUUGGAGUCAAAGUCAUGAUUGUGGAGCCAGGAGGCUUCCGCACUGAGAACAUCUACACUUACCCUUGGACGCAUCCGUACCACUCUCCAUCCCUAGAUGCGUUUCGCGAGAAAGCACAGUCCUUCUGGCGCACCAUCGAUGGAAAGCAGCCAGGGGACCCGGAUAAGGCUGCCAACGCUAUCGUAGACGUUGUAAGAGGCGAAGGUCUUGCACUGGGAAAGGAGCUGCCGAUGUGGUUGGUACUGGGUAAGGACGCGGAGGUGAACAUUAGGGAUAAGGUGGCGAGGAUCUUAGCAAAUCUCGAUGGAUGGAAAGACGUGACUAGAGCUACUGACUUCGACUGA